AUGGUGAUAAGCACAGUGGUAGUGGUGAAUGUGCUGAUGGUGGUUAGCACAGUGGUGGUGGUGUCGUCGUUGGAUGUGCUUAUGGUGGUGAGCACGGGUGUUGAUGGUGGAUGUGCUAAUGAUGGUGAUGGUCAUGCUGGUGAUGAGCCCGGUGCAGGUGGUCAUGAUGGUAAUGAGUACGGUGGUGGAAGCACGGUGAUGGAUGGUGAUGGCCAUGAUGGUAAUAAGCAAGGAAGUGGUGGUGAUGAUCAUGAUGGUGAUGAGCACGAUGGUGAUGGUGGUGGAGGUGAUGUAGGAGGUGGACCUGAUGAUGGUGAUGGUGAUUGA